CGAGAUAGUCAUAAGAACGCAUGUCCCCAUUACCGAGCAGCGGAGUCAAAAGCCGGGUUUAUAGCGAUGUCUCGCCUCCUCGAGGUGGCCUGCAAAAGAGGGUUGCUGAGACGGCGGUCACAAUUCGGCAUCGCUCGAGCCUCUCUCGACGCGCGAGUCGCCGUCAGCGGUAAACCACUCGUCGACGCUUAUAAGGAGGGUCAGAAUAUCCACGGAUUCCGCGUCAACCAGGUUGCCGAUGUGGAAGAGUUGAACCUGACUGCCGUGAGAUUGGAGCAUCUUGCGACUGCUGCGCAGUACCUCCAUCUGCGACGAGAAGAUGGGAACAAUGCUUUCGCUGUCGGGUUCAGAACGACUCCAACCGACUCGACGGGACUUCCGCAUAUCUUGGAGCAUACAACCCUCUGCGGGAGUGAGAAGUUUCCUUGUCGUGAUCCAUUUUUCAAAAUGCUGCGUAGGUCUCUUGCGACCUUCAUGAACGCAAUGACUGGUCCAGACUACACAGUCUAUCCAUUUUCAACCCAGAACCUGAAGGACUUCAGGAACCUACAGGCUGUUUAUCUGGACUCCGUUUUCAAACCAAACUUGAGGCUUCUAGAUUUCAGACAAGAAGGCUGGCGCCUUGAACAUGCCAACGUCAACGAUAAGACGUCGCCUAUCGUCUUUAAAGGUGUUGUGUUUAAUGAGAUGAAAGGCGCAUUCAGCCAGAAUGAGAGCAUUUUUGCCGAACGUCUUCUCAAUUCUAUCUUACCCAGUCAUACUUACGCAGUAAUAUCUGGUGGAGACCCUCUUGUUAUACCCCAGCUCACCCAUCAAGAUCUAGUCAACUUUCACGCUAAAUACUACCAUCCCUCCAAUGCUCGCUUUUUCUCUUAUGGCAAUUUCCCUCUUGAAGAUCACUUGAGAUUUGUAAAUGAUGAAUAUCUUUGCAAGUUCGAUCAUGUUGACGCAUCAGCGACCAGGGUACCACCUGAAAAACGAUGGAAUCAACCUAAAUCGAAACAUAUACAAUGCAGGCCUGAUCCCAUGGCUACAGAUCCGGAGAAGCAGAGCUCUAUCGCAGUUGGCUGGCUGUGUUCUGACAUCACUAAUGUUCAGGAAACUUUUGAGUUGUACGUUCUCUCACAGCUUCUUCUGAAGGGUCCAAAUUCUGCAUUCUAUAAGUCGCUGGUGGAGCCAAACAUUGGUGGAGGUUUCAGUCCUGUCACUGGAUACGAUUCCCAUUCCAGGGAUACCACUUUUGUUGUUGGCUUACAAGGCGUUUCGCCACAAGAUUUUUCCAAAGUUGAUGAAAUCGUUCAGAGCACUGUAGCCCAUGUUGUGAACAAUGGAUUUGAACAGAGCCAUGUUGAGGCUGUUCUUCAUGGUAUAGAACUGAACAUUAAACACCAGACUUCUAACUUCGGACUCAAUCUAUUACUGAGCAUGACUCCGCUCUGGAACCACGAGGGUGACAUUGUGCAAGCAAUGAAAGUGAAUCAAGCAGUUGCCACGCUUAGAAAAUCCCUAGAACGCAAUCCUAGACACCUAUGUGAUCUAGUGAACAAAUAUCUCAAGGAAAACAAGCACAGGCUUACAUUGACAAUGUCACCAGACGAGACAUACGAAGAACAAAAGAAUGCCGCUGAGCGUGCUAUCCUUGCCCAAAAAUUGGAUCGCCUCUCUCCUCAGGAAUUUGAUAAGAUCUUUGAAGAAGGACAGGCACUGGUUGCAGAACAAGAGAAAAAGGAAGAUACAAGCGUACUGCCCUCCUUGAAAAUUGAAGACUUAGAGGACGACAUACAACGUGUCCCCCUUAUUGACCUUCAUGUAUCCGGUGUUCCUUUACAACUCGCCAUUCAACCGACUAAUGACGUCACCUACUUCCGAGGAAUCCUAAACAUUGCGGAUCUCGAUGAUGAGCUCAAAGAUUUGGUCCCACUUUUUAAUACAAUUGCCGCAAAGAUGGGUACUGCUAACUAUGACUACAGAACUUUCGAUCAAAUGACACAGCUCAAAACAGGUGGUCUGAGCCUCUCCCAUCAUAUCGCUGAGCUGAAGAAUCACAUAUGUAAAUUCGAGGAGGGGAUCCUCUUUCAGUCGUAUUGUUUGGACAGAAACUCUGCUGAUAUGUGGAAGCUGUGGGAAGAGCUUUUCAAUAACGUUGAUCUAACCGACAUGAAGAGGUUUGAAACCUUGGUGAAGGUGACAGCAGCCAAUGUGGCGAAUGGAAUUGCUGAUUUAGGACAUAUAUAUGCGCUAAGCAGCUCGGCCAGCCUUGUCUCGCCGAUAGCUAGGCGUCGCGAAAGCUUAUCUGGACUUGACUUUGUUGAAAAAAUGAAGAGAAUUGCCCAGGCUGAAGAUUUGAGCCCUGUACUUAGCCAAAUGCAGCAGAUUGCCAAAAAAAUUUUAAAUAAAAAGCAGUUGAGGUCAGCUCUCAAUUUAUCGUCAGGUAGCAAGGAUAAUAGCUUGCUCGAGAUCCAGUCUUUCUAUGAGAAACUGCAGGGCGAAGCGGCACUAAAGUCACGUCUUAUUACCGACGGAAAAGGGCUGGUGCAAGAGAACCAAGGCAUUCAUCAUGUUCUUCCCUUCCCAGUGAACUAUGCCUCCAAAUCCAUACUCACUGUCCCCUAUCAGGAUUCACGCUUUGCAGCUCUACGAGUGCUCUCGAAGCUUGUUACCUCUGUUUAUCUUCACCCUGAAGUGAGAGAAAAGGGGGGUGCUUACGGAGGUGGUGCAAAACUGUCCUCAGAUGGUGUAUUUUCGUUUUUCUCAUAUCGAGACCCGAACUCCACACACACUCUGGAAGCAUUCGAUAGAACGUACGAAUUCCUACAAAAGUACACACUGUCUCAAGAAGAGAUCGACGAGGCUAAGCUGGGCAUUUUUCAACAUGUAGACUCUCCCGUGCCACCAGGACACCAGGGAAUGACAAAGUUUAUCCAUGAUCUGUCAGACGACGAAGUACAGUUACACAGAAUUCAGCUGAAGGCUGUUACCAAAGAUCAGUUGAUGGCUGUUGCUGAGGAGUUUCUUAAACCAGAAUCGACAGGGGUUCUGAUAGGCAGAUCGCUGAUAGGACGCCCAAAUCCAGCACUUCAAGAGCGGCCUGAAAAGUGGACAGUCGUUUCACACCAAUAGGAGACUGUGGGGUAGCUCAAAUCGAAUAACAUAUUAAUUGUUUUCAUUUAACUUCAAUAAAUUAUCCAACUGUUUACAAUUUUCUAGUGAAUCGA